AAAAUUCUUUUGUGCGUACCAAAUAGAGUUCCGGUGACACUUCCCUCCUUCUCUACCAGCACUAAUCGCCGACCUCUUCGUAAGCAGGUCAGCAACUAAUGGCAAGGCAAAAACAUCAACAAGCUGUGCCUGUUCCGAAAACUAAGAAAGGUAGUUCGGGUACCUCAUUGGUGGACCAGCUGAGUGAAGAUAGCUGGAUAAUAGUCAAGAAGCAGAAAGUCACCAUUUUGAUCCCUCCCCUACCUGUACUUAAGCAGUCCGUGGUGCAUGACGCUGGAGAAACCCUGCUACAUGUACCAACAAUUAAACCUACUGAUACUCAAACAUAUCAAGUUGAGAUGCAUACUGAAGGAGACGUAGUUUGUAAAAUGGAGGAGCCAAUGUCUUUGGCACCUAAACUUGCUAUACCAACAGUUGCCAAAGUAGUUCCUCAAUCAAUUUCUCAGUUGCCAAGACCAUCUAGGCUAAUUGAAAGAGAGCGCGUAGAAACCCGGCCAAUGCCUAGUUUCAGAACUAAUAGAACGGCUGGUGUUUGCUCUGCCUCAAAGAUUGCCAAGCGAUCAAUUAUCACUGCUGAUAGGAGUGCGAUGAUAAAUAAAAGAAUGAGAGCAAUUAAUCUUGAGCGCAAGCUUCAAAGUGCUGGAGGAUUGAGAAGUUGGUUGGUUUCGAGGGGCCUUGAUCAUUUUGUGAGCAUCUUUCAGAGCAAGAGCAUCAACAAGUAUCAGUUGGCAAAUCUGACCAUGGAAAAGCUCAAGGAGAUGGGUUCACAUGCUGUUGGUCCUCGGAGAAAGCUGAUACAUGCUAUUGACUGCCUUUGUCAUCCAUUCUGUUUUGAGCAUAUGUGAUCUCAUGAGAUGCGAUGACCAUUGUCAGUGAGAUGCUACUACAUGGAUUGCUUCAACCCUAAAAGUUAGUUCCAAACUGAUCAGGCAUGUGUAACAGAAGUUGUCGAUAUCUUUUGUAAAUUCUCAGAUCUUUUUUGGUGCCUCUUGCCUGUAGAAGUAUAACGGAACAGAAUGCUAUUGAACCACUUAACAGAAAGAUUAACAAAAAAGAAAAUAGAAUGUUGUUGAACAUUAGGCAAAUGGAUAAAAUUUUGGAUAAUGAAGUACCUUUAUAAGGACUCCA